AUGUCGAAUAUAUACAAUCAUAGGCAGAUUGUUCCUGGCGGAACCAGCGGUCCGAGUCGUUUCAACGAGCUCUUAGAAGCUUUAAAAAAUGAAUAUGAAAGUCUUAGUCAGGAGGCUAUGACUUAUAAAAUACAGCGCGAAGAAUUUGAACAUAAAGUUCAACAACAAUCCGAGGAGGUUGCCCUUAUUCGUCAGGGUUUAUAUGAAUUACAAGCUACACAUAAAGGCAUAAAGCAACAGUAUGAUAACGAUCUGCGCAAUCUUCAACGUGAAAUUGACCAACAAAGUAACUUAUUUGGUGGUAUCAUUAGUGGUAAUGGCGCCCCUGGCCUUGCUGCUCCUCCUCAAAUGUCCAUGGAUCCAACACAACAACCAACAAAUCAACCUGGCCACCCGGGAAACUAUCCUGGUCCUAGUGGUCCUCCUCAGAGUGUUCCACAAGCUGGAGGUAGUUCUGCUCACUCUCCAUAUCUUAAUGGUGGUGGCGGUCCUCCAGGUACUCUAUCACAACCUCAUACUCCUAAACGACCUCGUAUAGAGGAUGGCGUUUCAUCUGCCGGUCCUCAAAAUCCUCUCGGUAUGACUCCUAGCUCUCAACAAUCUCAACCUUUGUACGGUAACAAUAGUAUCCCUCCGCCUCAAUCUGGCCAGGGUCAACCCAUAUCUCAAGGUUAUAUUCCUCCCGUUGGUCCAAGUAGUAAACCUGGUAGCAAAAUUUCAAAGCCUGUAACUUUAAUACCACAGAUUCCUCAAAGUAUUGGUGGUCCUGAUCAACAAUCCUCUGGUGUCCCUACCAAUGGUAAUUCACAAGCGGUUUCCUCAAAUAACAAACGAAAAAAUAAUCAAAAUAUGGGUGCUCAACUACCAGGAACUCGUGCUCCAAUAAAGCAAGGUUCGCUUAGUGGUAGUAAUCAAACAUUAGGUGAUAUGGAUCCUGAUACUGUACCCGCUCAACUAAAAAAAGAAGGUGGUGAUUGGUUUGCAAUUUCUGAUGGGAAAUAUCUAGCCACUGGUUGUAAUCGAAGUGCUCAAAUUUAUGAUGUUGUAAAUGGUCAAAAAUUAUUUGUUCUUGAUGAUAAUAAUGUAGACAAAACUGGCGAUUUAUAUAUCAGGAGUGUAUGUUUUAGUCCUGAUGGAAAAUAUUUGGCCACAGGUGCUGAAGAUAAACAAAUUAGGAUUUGGGAUAUUCAAAAGCAAUCUAUUAGAUCAUUUUACUCAGGUCACGAACAAGAUAUUUAUUCACUUGACUUUUCUCGUGAUGGCCGUUUAAUCGUGUCUGGUUCUGGAGAUAAAACUGCUCGAGUUUGGGAUAUGGUUACUGGUGAUUUAUUGUAUAAACUCUCAAUUGAUGAACCAAGUCAAAAGGAUGCUGGUGUAACCAGUGUAGCUAUUAGUCCCGAUGGUUAUUACGUCGCAGCUGGAUCAUUGGAUAAAAUAGUACGCGUCUGGGACGCACGAACAGGUUAUCUUCUUGAACGUUUGGAAGGUCAUAAAGAUAGUGUUUAUUCUGUUGCAUUUGCUCCUGAUGGUAAAACGUUAGUUUCCGGAAGUUUGGAUAAGACUUUGAAAUUAUGGGAUAUGAGUAAUCCAGGAAGAAAUACUGGUGUUGGUUCUAGUCAAAAGAAUUCUGCAAAGAUGACUUUCAACGGACACAAAGACUUCGUUUUAUCCGUUGCAGUCUCUCCUGAUGGUCGUUGGGUAGUUUCAGGAUCUAAAGAUCGUGGUGUACAAUUUUGGGAUCCAAUUAACGCACAAACUCAAUUUAUGUUACAAGGUCAUAAAAAUUCAGCUUUAAGUCCAGCCCUAAACGGCCCAACUGGCAAACUUUUUGCCACUGGGUCUGGUGACU